AUUUUUUAUAAUUUGUUGGGCUCGUUCUAACGCCCAAAGCCCAGCUCCCCGGUGACCCCAACACAGCAGCGGCAGCGUUUCCAAGUUUCUCUCCGGUCGUGCCCUCCGGUCUUUCUCGUCUCUCUAGCGUCGCUUGUCCCCUGCAAACCCAAAACCCAUUUAUUCCCAGAAAUGCAUCUCUUCAGAGUUCUCUCUUCUAUCCGUUUCCACUCUCUUAAACCCCAAAACUCUGCACAAGUACGUAAAGCCCUCCUCUGCUACUCUCCUUCCAUAACCCUUCUGAGCCCUUCACAUUCUCACAAUUCUUCAUCAUUUUCCGCUACCCUUCUGCAUCGAACCAUCCCAAUUUCUCCACAAUUUGACCAUGAAAGCGAACCCGAAUCGACUAAUUUGGAAAACGUUGAAGAAAAAACCAAGAAGAAGGAGAAGGAGAAGAAGCCUCUGGAUCUAUUUUUCAAAGAGGCUGUAGGAUUGUCGGAGAAAAUGGAAGAAAGCGAAAGCGAAAUGGAAGAGGGCGAACGUGGGAAAUUGAAAGGGAAAUUGAGGAAGUUGGAGAGGGAGGUGCGGAAGUUGAAGGAGAAUUCGAAGGGCAAAGAGAUUUUAAAGAAGAAGGAUGCGAAGAUGGCGAGGAAGCCAUCGAAGAGUUUAUACGCAUUGUUUACGAACAAGUGGGUUUGUGAUAAAAGUCCCGAGGAAUUGGAAGCUUUGAAAGGGGAGGAUAGAAUGAACGUGAAAGAGCUUUCUGUGGAUAUGGUUUUGCUUGUGAGGCAUUUGUACAAUGGAGGUUACUUCAAGGAUGCAAACUUUUUGCCGCAGGGUAGGUUUGAUGUUGGUUUUUUCGAGAAUAGUUAUGGCAGAGAGUUUAUCAAGUUUGCAGCUGAGAGGUUUGGGAAGGACAACCAAGAAAUUGCAAAAUGGUUGUCAGGAAGCGAUUUGAAAAAGAUAGCCCUCUUUGGUUGCCCUUCUUUGGAUAAGAAGAGGGUUUUCUCUGCUAAGAGAUUGCGUAAUUUUUUCAGGAUUCAGGAAGACACUGUCUGUAGAAAAUGCGUGUUGAAGGAGUCAUGCAAGUAUGUGAAUCAGAGCGUAUGGAAAGGCGACACCAAUAAUUUGAAUUUGGCUGUUGUAAUGAGGGUAAUCACUCCAUACGCUUUGGAAUCAACACCUUCACAGCUAAUAGUGCCUGACGAGAUAAAGGCUUCUGUCAGUCAAAUACUGAAGGAGGCUGUAAAGCUAAGUCGAACUACAUCAUGAUGCUGCUUCACAAUCCUAAAUGGUGUUGUUUCAGAACACAAAACCCCAUGCCAGUAGAGCUUUUUUGGGACCAGAGAUUUAUAGAUCAUGACGGCAAAGGCGCUUAUUUUGGCUAAUCUCGGAGCUUAAGGAUCGAGACAACAACGUAUGCUAAUUGUUCAUCGUGAUUUGAGAUGGGGAGAGUCCCAAGUUACUCCCCAUUAACUGAUGCAAGCAAGCUGGUGCUAUUUUGGACAGGCAUGUUUUUUGAAUGCAGAGUGGUUGUAGAUCAUAGGUAGAUCAAUGAACCGUAAAGUCUGUAGAGUAUUUAUACAUCUUAUGUAAAUUUCCUUUGCUGCUCUCAUCACAUUUUGUCAACAGUGAGCAGAACGCAGCACCCACCUCCCCUCACAUUUUAAAUUUCCAAUUAUGUGAACCGUUUUUUUUUUUUUUUUUGAAAA